UGUGUGUGAAAAUUUUAAUUAAGAUUUAGUUCUUUCAAACAUUUAAUUUAUAAUUGAUAUUUUGUCAACAAAAAAAUUAUACAAAAAGAAAAAUCCAAACAAAGAACAAAAAUUAUUAAAAUUGAAUAACAAAAUGCGUCUCCUAUUUAAACUCUUGCUGCCAAAAUCAACACCGCGCUUACUGCUCACAACCACUUAUUGGCAACUAAAGCAUUUGCAGUAUGCUUCUUGCAACUUGCCACCGAUUAAAAUGAAAAUCAUACCAGCACCACGCAUAAUACCCAAAACUUACAUUAACAAAAACGAAAGUUUAAAACGUGCUCUUUCACCUCAUUUAUCCAUCUACAAACCACAAAUAACCUCAAUGAUGUCUAUUACUCUGAGAAUGACUGGCUUGUCUUUGGGUAUUAUGGUGUGGGUGGUGGGCGUAACGGCUCUGGUAUCCGAUCAAAAUGUUGAUUAUUUUGUUAAUGAAUUGAAGAAACUUGAAUUAGAUGAUUGUUAUUGGACGUCUGCUAAAAUUGUUGCUGUUUUUCCCUUUGCCUUUCACUUUGUGGCCGGGGUGCGCCAUUUGUUGUUCGAUACAUCUAAGCUUUUGGAGAAACCACAAUUCUAUGCCACGGGAUAUGCAGCUAUAAUGGCUGCUUUUGGGUUGGCAGUGUGUUUGGGAAUGAUGGCAGAUAUAUGUGAGAAGUGGGAGGAAAUGAAACAGGACAAGGAAUCGGUGAACAAGGGGAAAUAAAAUUUGGAGAGAAUGUCCAUAAUUUUUUAAAACAAUUUCAAUAAAUUAAUUAAUAUAGAGUUUUACAAAUAUUUAAAAUGUAUAUCAUUUUAAAAAGCCUUUACUAAAUCUGUAUUUGCUUUAAA